UGCUGGCCCCUUUAACUGUUCCCUCCUGCGGCCACGCGCAAGCGCACCAGUGCCGCUGCACCGGCGGAGCCGGGUCGUAUUGGAAGCUCCUCGCGCCGUGCCCUGGUUGGGAGGGGGGAGGAGAAUGGCGGGGGAAUGACAUCAUCGCCGUAGUUACUGCGGCGGCUAGGCAGGGUGGGACUGGAUUCUGCGAUUCACGGCCAACGGGCAGUGUUGGUGUUAAACGGGCGGGCGGCGGUUUGUUUCACGGCGCCACCGACCCGCCUCCUCAGGCUUGGGAGAAACCAUCAAAAAUAAUCUCAGCCAGGGGAGGGGCGGCACAGACACACACACACAGCUCCCCGCCACCCCAGAGCCGGGGACGGACGGACGGGGGUAGCGGCACAGACACACACAAAGCUCUCCCCCCCCCGGAAACGGGGGGGGGCGACACAGACACACGGUGUGUUUGUGUGUCCCGCCUCCCCCGGGCUCUGGGGUGGGCGGGGGGGGGGGCGUUGCUGUGUGUGUCUGGGCGUCCGUCCUCCCCCGGCCUCUGGAGUUGGGGGGCGGCACAAACACACACACACACAGAGCUCCCCCGCAACCCGAGCCCGGGGUGGGGCCGCGACACACACACACACACAAACACAGCUACCCUCCAGACUGGCGGCAUAGACACCCACCCCCGGGGGUGGGGGGCACAGACACACACGCAGCUACCCCCCACCCCAAAGCCGGGGGGGGGGGGCCGCGCGCGCGCGCGCACACACACACACAGAGCUCCCCCCACCCCAGAGCCCCCGGGGGUUGCACAGCCACACAACACAACACCCCCACGCCGGAGCCCCGUGGGGGGACACACAGCUCCCCACACCAGCAGAGCCCAGCUCGGAGGCGGACACGGUUCCGCCCCUGUCGCCGGGCGCGGGAGGAGCCUGAGCCCGGAGACACAAAGCCCUCCCCGGCCUGCAGGCGGAGCCAGGCCGGCCAGCGCGGGGAUCGGCCCGCCCAGCCGGCUGCCAGAGCAGAGGCUGCAGCCAGUCGCUGGCGGGAGCCCUCGGAGCCGGGGAGCAGGACCCCCAGGGCGCCUCACACUCUCCUCGGCCGCCGGGGGAGCCCAGCUCCCGGAGUAGCUCGAAGGGCGCAGUCUGCUCUCGCCUCACAAGCAGGGCCGGGAGCACAGCCCGGUGCCGCAGCACAGCCCGCCCCUGCCCCCCGUUAGCCCGGGGGCGUCGGAGCAGCAGAUGCCCUGUGAGCUCGUGGCUUAGCAGCACCAUCCUUUGCGAGGGGCGCCGCCGGUUCUUUGGCGGGGGCAGCCUCGGGGUGCGGGCUGAGCCCGGGCUGCAGGCUUUGUCGGACAGCCACCGAGGCUUCUUCGGUUCGUGCGCGGCUGCGAUUGCCUUUUCCUCCCCACGGGGGUUCCUGUAGCCGCUGCCCCGCCGCCGCCGCCUCCUGGGAUGUGACGCCGGAGGGAUGGAGAAGAUGGAUGCAGGCAAAUGGCAGCAGCGCAUCUCCCGUUUGCAGAGGAGGCUCCAAGGAGCAGCAGCAAUGCAGCGGAUCUGUGGUGGGCUCUCCGGGAGACCCGAGCUCUGUUUCGGGGAGACGGCAGGGCAGUGAUUGCUCACAAACCCAGCCCUUUGUGUCCAGGAGGGUCUGAACAGCCGCUGUGAUUUGUAUUAAAUCCUUUAUUUUUUUUCUGAUGAAAAUGGAGCCGGAUUUGUUAAUGACUCUCUCGGACCCAGGGAGCAAAUCGGAGCGGGCAUCGCUGCUGACUCUGUUUGCCGAGCAGAAUGGGAGGUAUCUCAUCAUGGAGCAGAGAGGGCAGCUGCCUAGCCCCGACCUGGUGCUGGUCCCCAGAGAGACGCCCCCGGACGCCCCUUUAUUCCUGGGGCCCUCUUUACAGGAGAGGGAGAGUGGGCCAGCAGUGCUAGAGCAGGUUUUGGGAGAGAUGAAGCUAUCAGGGCUGGAUCCUACGCUGUUCUCAGAUGGGCCCAUUGAGUAUUUAUACCGCAUGGAAAAGCAGGAGAACGGCCUCUUGGACCAAGACACGACAGACCCAAUCAGCCACCUGGUACAAGAGUCAGGUGCAGGUGAUAAUCGUCAUGGUUGCCCCCAGAGCGAUUUUGAUUUAAACCUUUCUGUGGUGCAGGGUGCACUGGCCUCUGCUCAGAUUCCAGACUUGGAAGAGCAGUUCUUCUCUCUUGUUCUGGACCAGGCUGUUUCUUCACCUCUUCGGGAUUUACAAUUUAGGAGUGCUGGGCUAAGUCCAGAGGACUCAAACACGGGAGAAAGCUUUCCUGAAAGCAGCGAAAGCCUGCAAGCAGAAGGGGAGUUUUACUUAGGAAUGGAGACCUCCCAGGAGGAGAGCCACUCUGAAGGACUCACUCCAACUUCCCCUUGGACUAAAGAGCCAGAAGACUAUAUAUCCCAAAGCUGCCAGGAGAUGCUUUCCUUAAGUACCCAGGAUUUCUCCCAGAUUGACAAAGAGAUGGACCUCUUCCCCGCUUUCCAUUCCUCUAGCAACCUGAGCCAAUCCCCGGAGUUUGCCCAGCCUGAUUCCAUAACUAAUGACUCUCCAGGUUGUCAAGAAGAUGAGCCCCGUCUCCGAGCUGUAUUUGAUGCCCUAGACAGAGAUGGGGAUGGCUUUGUGCAGAUAGAGGAGUUUGUUCAGUUUGCUACAGUCUAUGGCGCAGAACAGGUGAAGGACCUAACAAAAUAUCUAGACCCCAGUGGACUUGGAGUAAUCAGCUUUGAAGAUUUCUAUAGGGGAAUCGAAGCUAUCAGAAAUGGAGAUUCUGACAGCCAGUUGUGUGAGAUGGGGUAUACCCACGAGGAAGAACCUUCUGUCUGUCCUGAUGAGUUCGAUGACUUCGUCACGUUUGAGGCAAAUGAGGUGACUGACAGCGCCUACAUGGGCUCAGAGAGCACUUACAGCGAGUGUGAAACCUUCACAGACGAGGACACCGGCACGCUGGUACAUCCCGAGAUGCAUGAUGAAGUAGAAACGGACAGUGCUAUUGAUUCCACGGUGCACUCAGAGUUCACUGAUCCUAUAGAGGAACCAGAGAAUGGAUCCCACCCACAUGACCUACCCUUGAGCUCAGACCUCAACAAUCACUCCAUCGUUACCGUAAUUAGUGGAGAGGAGCACUUUGAGGAUUACGGAGAAGGGAAUGAAGCAGAUUUGUUCUCAGACAGCCUAUGUAACGGGGAAACCAGCUUUAGCAGCUCCUCUUUCCUUUCUCCCAGCGUCAACCCGCUCGUUGUGAAACUGCACAGCAUUAUCACUGAUGAGGCAUUUGAGUUUUACUGUAGCCAGUGCCACAAACAAAUCAACCGCCUUGAGGAUCUUUCUGCUCGCCUGAAUGAUCUUGAAAUGAAUAGUCCCAAUAAGAGACUCUCAAGCAAGAAGGUAGCAAGGCACUUACAUCAGACGGGCACCCUGACUGUGGAUGCUAUGGAAGAACCUUUCCGUGCCCACAUGGAAUGUGCAGAUGAGGACAUCACUGACAAGGUCGUCUUCCUGGAGAAGAGGGUAACAGAGCUGGAAAAGGACACAGCUGCAAAUGGAGAGCAGCACAGUCGGUUAAAGCAGGAAAACCUGCAGCUGGUGCACAGAGCUAAUGCCCUGGAGGAACAGCUGAAGGAACAAGAGUUGAAAGCAGAUGAGACACUCCUGGAGGAAAUCAGAAAACAAAGAGAGCUCCUGACCAGGAUGGAGAGAGAGAAGAGUAUUGAGAUUGAGAAUCUGCAAGCCAGACUGCAGCAGCUGGAGGACGAGAACAGCGAGCUGAGAUCCUGCGUCCCUUGUCUGAAAGCCAGUAUCGAGAGGCUGGAGGAGGAGAAGCAGAAGUUGUUAGAUGAGAUAGAAGACCUCACUGCUCAACUCAAUGAGGAGCAGGAAAGCAAGAGGAAGAUAGGAGACAAACUAACUCAUGAGAGACACCAAUUCCAGAAGGAGAAGGAGUCCACUCAGGAGCUGAUUGAGGACCUCCGAAAGCAGCUGGAGCACCUGCAGCUGUUUAAACUUGAAGCGGAGCAGCGAAGAGGCAGAAGCAGCAGCGUGGGUCUCCAAGAGUACAAUAGCAGGACGCGGGAGACGGAGCUGGAGCAAGAGAUUAGGCGGCUCAAGCAGGAUAACCGCAAUCUGAAAGAACAGAAUGACGAGCUGAACGGACAGAUUAUAAACCUUAGCAUUCAGGGAGCCAAGAACCUCUUCUCAGCUUCCUUCUCCGAGUCCCUGGCUGCAGAAAUCAGCUCAGUCUCCAGAGACGAGCUCAUGGAGGCAAUUCAAAAGCAGGAGGAGAUCAACUUCCGCCUGCAAGACUACAUUGACAGGAUCAUUGUGGCCAUCAUGGAAACCAACCCAUCCAUCCUGGAAGUCAAGUAAAGGAAGCCGAGAGCUGCAGACUGUGUGUUGCUGCUCUGGGGUGGACUUGGUGCACUGAGAGGCAAAGGAGAGACUUAGGAUGUCUUUGAUCUCCAUGAAGCCACAUGAAGUGUCACUUCAGAUCACUGGGUGAAUUAAUCCAGUGCCCUGGGGAAAAAGAAAACCAGCAACAAAGCCUUUUGUUGGACUCUCUUUCAAGACCCUUGCUGGCUUUGAGGGGUGAAAGGGAAUCUGGAGAAUAAAUGGAGCAAAACGUGGAGCGGGAGUGGGGAAGGAAAGGAAAGGACCUGCUUCCCUGCUGAUGGAACAUUUCAAACAGUGGGGCUGACAAAUGCUAACUGGAACUGUCGCAAUAUGUAACCCUGAAAUCCCUACUGACGCAAAGGUGGGGAAUAGGUCUAAGGGGUUAAGCAAAAUACAGGGCCGUGUAUAGAUUCAUCCUGCUGAAAAUUUAAUGAAAAUAGAAUAAUAGUGGGGUGGAGAAGUUAGUUGAUUGAAUUCUGAGAUAAUUUCCUGCCUUCCCCUGCACAGCCCAGAAAUCUGCUUUGCCAAAGUGCCCAGGACACCCUUACUGAGGCAGAUCUGUGAAUGAGAAAUGUUCGUUCCACACCUGUAGAAUGUUUUUGAACUUAGUGCAAAGUUCCUCCCUCAGGCUGCACAGCUAGCAUCAUCUCGCGCCCCCCUUCAUGGGGGUUGCAUGCAGGAACCCUAGAUGACAUCUCUCCAUUUAGUAGGUGGAAGGAAGGGGGCAGGGAAAUGGCCGUCUUUGAUAUGUGGCGUAACUGGAGUUUGACACGUGCCUCGGCAUUUGUAUUUUUGUUCUCUGGCUUGGUAACAUUUUACACGUACAGCAUCUUCUUUAAAUUCACUGUUCAUCUGGCUCCAUUCCUCUCACAAUACAGAGGGGUGGCUAUCUUCAGCACUCCCUAUUCCUCUUCUGUGGCAUGCUCCUUCAGCAUCAGAUGUUAGCAUUUCUCUGUCAAGCCUGUGAGACCUGAGUUGGACAGGACUGCAGUAAGGUAGCAAUUAGUGGGAGUGGUGAAAGCCACACGGCUGUAGAUGGAAGGACAAGGGCUCCCUAUCAUGCUGUUUCCUUGAGCAAGUGAAGGAAGCGCUGUGAUUUCUUCAUGGUUAAUUAGCAUGCGUUGGAGCCAGCCUGGUAGCUGUUAUGCCCUCCUCACUUCUGCUGUAUGGUCCCGCAGUACUCAUGUAGCCGUAGUAGUGCUCAGCCAUAAGUGGGCUCUCAGCUGUUCAGGCUGGUCCCCUAGUGGUGUAACAGAGUAAGCUUUAGCAGGGGGACCAAUGCGAACAGCUCACACGCUUGUUUCAAGAGCCAAGGACCUCCGCCAUCGUCCUCUGUGUGCAUGAAUGCCAGUGUUACCAUGAAGUGUAUUGCAAUGAUCCAUUCAGAGGUGGGGUCUGCAGCACUGGAGGUAGAGCCCUUUCCAGUGCCCGGGUUCUCCCCGUUCUUGUGCUGCGAUGCACUUGGCUUGCUGUCGCGUUUAUUGAGUAGCUUAGUGGCUCUAAACAAGGGACCAGCGGCUGCUGUUUUGACUUCUUAGACAACCGAGGCCGCCUGCAGUGUAGUGCUUGCAAGCGAGUCUUAAACCCCAGUGAAUGUGGUGCUGGGAAGCUAAGGGAUACAAUUGACUGGAGGCUGAAAUUGAAGGCCUCUGAGACUCAAAACCAUAUUAACCUCAGACCCAUUCAGUGUGAAAUGCCAUUUUAAAAGCCUUGUACAAUUCAUCUGAUUUAAUGCAUUUUAAACCCUAUACAAUGCAUCAUUCAAUAAGUAAAAACAGGCAUUGGUUAAAAGCGCCUGUUCACCUCGGGCUACCAGAACAACCUCCAGGCUAGCACACACCCAGAUGAUCCAGCUUCCUUGGCUUUGAUUUUCCUUGGCCCGAAAAAAUCUGGAUUUUCCUGUUAAAACCUGUCAUCAGACCCCAGCAUGCUCUAGGAGCCAAUAUUAAAUUAUUCCCCGCCGCUGGCUGAAAAUCCAUUUGACCUGUAACCGAAAGGCAUCCUGGUUCCAGGCACAGUCAGCAUGUUGAAUAUAGAGAUUUCUGUUUUAACCGGGGGUGAUUUCAUUUUUAAAUCACCUGGUUAGCUUUUAGAAGGGCCCUGUUAGUUGGGCUGAAUCCCAAAUUUGUACAAAAUAUGGAAAAUCCUGGUGCAUUGGUCUGCACUGGAACAUCAUAAAUGUGCUCAUAGGACUGGGACAUCUGAGCUGCUAGUCCAGGGAACCCAGAUCCAAAUUCUCCCUCUGCUGAGAGUUGGAGAGUGAUAAACACCACAGCCCCUUCGCUCACCUAAUAUCCCUUUAGACCAUCGCAACUACUGAGCAGGCAUCUCUCCUUUAUUUUAUUCCAUGUCUGGAGAGUAAAAGCCCUUGGUCCCAGAUGGCUUUCUUCAGGGCAUAAGAAAUUGCAUAACUUGAUUCAUGCUGACCCAAGGGAUGUCUCUAAGGUGGGUGAAGAGCCUGCGUGAGUGAGGAUAGCUGGGGGAAUCCCAAAAACACACAGUGGUGCUGACAGUCCUUGUCUUUCCCAUGCUAAUGGAGAGACGGUUUCAUGGGAUGCCUGUGAAAAAUGUCCAUCAUCUGGGUUUGCCUUCUAUUAAGUCUUUAACCCAGACUUACCCAGCUUUUCAUUUGAAAUCUAAAGUAAGAGAAAAAGCAGCUGCAGGGAGAGAUGGCAGCAGGUCACUGUUUUCAACUCCAUCUCUCGCAUGCAGGGGCUGGAGCUCCAGUCUCAUUGGGAUGUUCGAGAAGUCCCCAGUCGCAUUCUGUGAACACACAAUACCCUUGGGCUUGUCUUUUGUAAUAUCUGCUGAGAGGCAUGAGACAACCUGCCUUCCAGCGAAGGCUGCGUUCUCUCUUUCCUGGACACCUGAGCAAUGAGCCGCUAUCAUCUUCCUUCUCCCUCCCCACACCCUUGUGUAGCAUCUCCCAGCCAGCCAAGAGCUCCUGCUCAUUCAUUCUCUAAGCUGCCCCCUUGUGGACCUUUUCCCUCCCUGAGCCUGCGGGAAGAAGCCACUUAAUGUAUAUUUCCAGAGUAACUUUGGGUGUAAAUCAGUGUAUACUUCAAGAGGGAAAUUUUUCUAUCUUGUAGAGUAGGUAUUUUUUAUAGAAUGGAGGUUGAUCAAUUUUUUUAAUACUUUAAAGAAGAGAGAAAUGUAUCUGUGUAUACACAUAAAUAAAUAUAUAUAUAUAUAUGUAUAAAUAUAUAAAUAUCAGAGAUCUGCCUUUCUCAACUUGGGAUCGUGUAUCCCCAGUUUACAUUUUUUUUCUGUUGAUCACUAAGAGGUACUGUAAUUGUAAAUAAAUCACCGGGAAAAGAGUUUUAAACAAAAAAGAAGCACUGACUUGCACACUGAUCAUGCUUUAAGCCGCGAGGGAAAACUGUACUCCCCGACAAAGUUCCCCUCUCCCUGCUGGUAUGUGAAGGAAACUCCAAACAAGAAGCAAAACCAGUAUUGUCUGAACUGAUGUAUUGAUUCUUGUCAAAUUAAAAGCUGUUACCAUUA